AUGUCCCCUCCGACCAUCCUCAUCAUAGGCGCCACGGGCAAGCAAGGCAGCGCCGUGCUCGACGAGCUCUCCACCGCCAUCUCGGCCUCAGCCUCCUCCAACUCCAGCCCGGCCCCCAAGAUCCUAGCCCUCACGCGCUCGGCCUCGUCGCCCGCGGCGCAGGCCCUGACGUCGUCGUACCCAGGUCUGGACCUCGAGCUCGUCGAGGGCAACACCAAGGACCCCGCGCCCAUCUUCGCCGCGCACCCGGACAUUAGUGCUGUUUUUAGCUAUACGACGCCGCCGGACGAGGAGGCGCAGGCGCUCGCACUGAUCGAUUUCUGCGCCAACUCGGCCUGCAGUAGUAGUAAGGGUAGUAAGGUCCGCCACUUCGUCUUCUCGAGCGUCGACCGUGGUGGUGAUGUCGCGUCCUGGGAUACGCCGACGCAGAUCCCGCACUUUCGGUCCAAGCACGUUACCGAGCAGCACCUACGCGCUGCGUGCGAGGCUUCCUCCCCCAGGAAUAAGAUGACGUACACAAUCCUGCGGCCCGUGGCCUUCAUGGACAACCUCAACCCCACCUCGGCCUUCGGCAUAGUGUUCGCCUCCAUCUGGGGUACGAUGCCCUGGGACACCAAACUGCAGCUCGUCAGCGUGCGCGACAUCGGGCGCUUCGCGGCGCGCGCGCUGCUACACCCGGAGAAGUAUGCGGGAAGGGCGGUGGGCAUCGCAGGGGACGAGCUGACGCUGGGGGAGGCGCGGGCGGUGUACCGCAAAGUGGCGGGGACGCAGCUGCCGCAGGCGUGGGGGGUCGUCGGGUGGGGCGUGAGGUGGGCGGUCGCUGAGGUGGGUAAGAUGUUUGAGUGGUUUGAGACGGAUGGGUAUGGGGUUGAUGUUGCGAAGUGCAGGGAGGAGGAGCCGAGGCUGCAGAGUCUGGAGAGGUGGUUGAGGGAGGAUAGUCGGUUUGAGUGUGGCAAGGGGACGGGGACGGGGACGGAGAAGUAG